GUAAAUAUUAGGGUGAACGCGCUUGGGGUUCAUUACAAUCGUUGCAAUCUUAGAGGGCCUGAAACGCGGUUGGAUGCGGAUGCGUAUGUGCUAAAAAGGGGCCUUUAUUGGCGUGCAGGGGACAUCGACCAGCAACCUAACCUUUGAACUCAAGCCAAUGCAGCCGAAUAAAGGCUCCGCUCAUUGCAGUUCCAACGGUGGAAGAGGUUGGGUGCAAGCAGCUGGCUGGAAAAUGUUUGCGAGGGCGACGUUCCUUCCUACGCUGGCAUACAAUGUCUUCAUGCAAAGGCUGUCUAGCAGAAGAUGGUGGGACCGGGUGGAUGAUACUGUUAUUCUUGGAGCCCUACCAUUCCGCCACAUGACUAAGCAGCUUGUUGAAGAAGAGCACAUCAAAGCUGUUGUAUCAAUGAAUGAAGACUAUGAACUCAGGUUUCUGUCCAACAUGCAAAAGGAGUGGGAGGAGCACGGCGUCGACUUCCUGCAGCUGAGCACCACCGACAUUUUCGUGGCGCCGUGUCAGGAGAAGCUGCGUCUGGGCGUCGGCUUCAUCCUCCAGCACCGCGCCGCCGGGCACACCGUCUACGUCCACUGCAAGGCCGGCCGCACGCGCAGCGCCACCCUGGUCGGCUGCUACCUAAUGCAGCGACACCGCUGGAGCGCCGAGCGGGCCGUGGAGCACAUCCGCGCGCACCGACCGCACGUGCUGCUCGGGCCCAAGCAGUGGAGCGCGCUGCACGAAUUCGCUCGCUGGCAGCAGGACGGCGGCGCGGCCGGCUAGUGCGCGCGCGGCCAGGUGGCGGCCGAUGCCCGGGCCCCGGCGCCCGGCCCGGCCUGGCUCGGCCUGGCUGCACUUCCGAGAGGAGGGGGCUUCUGGUCUGGCGGCGGCUUUGUUUAGCAAGAGGGCGCCGUUGUUUGAUGUUUCGGGAUAAAACGUAUUCGGGACAUGGUGCCGGUCGCGAUGGGAACCGGGUCAUAUCUUGACAGGUUAUGUCACAUGUAGACUUUUUGGUCAUAGUUAUUUAUAACUAAUUUAUUAUUAGAUUUACGAGUUGUCUCCUGUACCAUGCUCAGGUUGAGAGGGAUUGAACCCCCGGGAAUGUACUAAUACUCACCCCCAUGACCAGUCAAGAGUUACUGUCUUUUUGCAAUUUCAUUGUAAUCUUUAAAUGUAGUUUUGACUUUUGUUGGGCACGCGACUUGCCUUUUUGGGCAACGUGGCACGGCCCGGCCAGAAAUUUACUGAAUGGGCAUGUUACUGAUCGUGCUUUGGCUGUUGCUAGACUCGUGAUGUGUGUUAUCGCGCCUGGUGAGGCAGUCCAUAGCUGAAUAUGGGACGUGUUACUGUUGCUGGUUACAGAAUACGUGACGUGGAUCACGAUGCUCGGCGCACUUAGUAUUCCUCCCCACCGACGCUAGAGCGUUUUAUUGUUGUUAAGCGUUAUGCAACUUUUCAUAAGAACAAGCCCAGUUGCCACCGCCGGUGUGAAGACAUGUUCGCACCGUUAGCGCCCGAUAGCCGCGUGGUUAUAACGCAUCGUUACUGUUUUAAACGAUUUGAAGAAUGCCAGGCUCCAUGUGCAACCCUGCUGUUUAUGUUCCGGCUGAAUUUAGGUCUAAAUUUAGCCCAUGUUUAAUGCUGACUCAGACCACGUUUGGGUUGUUUUGGUCCCAAGCGGUUUCCGAUCCAGACGAUAAAAGUCUGUGACAUAAACACAGCCGAUUUCAAAAAUUUAUUGCGCUGUUUUAGUAGCCUAGAUUGUUUCUGUGUUGGCAACGAGGCAGGCGAGACCACAUCGAUUUUAGGUCCUGCAGGUCAAGUCGGUAUGUUGGCUACGGGCGAACAUUGAACUUGACUCAGCGGGAGACAAUGUUCAUAUGCGUCGUUGUGCCGAUGGGCGCCAUUUAUAGCCGUUUAUAACAAGGAGGGACGGUUUUACCGCGCCUUUCAGUCUAUUCUGCGUCUGCACGGGGUGGUUGCACCAUUGUGUCGGGGCGUUGGCUCCCCGGGGCGCGCCGCCCCGCUAGCUGCGCGGCAUCGGGCGGCGCGGGCCACGCCGUCACCCUUCAGCAGCUGCCCCGGGGCUGAACCCGCUCUGGCCUGGCAGCGGGACAGGCUGACCCGGGCUGAACCUGCUCUGGCCGGGCAGCGGGACCGGCUCUGCACACCGCCUCAGCGACUUUGGACGUCACCCGUCUCGUAGCCUGGUGUCACGUCCGUCCCGUGGCCUGACGUGUCACGUCCGUCCCGUGGCCUGGUGUCACGUCCGUCCCGUAGCCUGGUGUCACGUCCGUCCCGUGGCCUGACGUGUCACGUCCGUCCCGUGGCCUGACGUGUCACGUCCGUCCCGUGGCCUGGUGUCACGUCCGUCCCGUGGCCUGACGUGUCACGUCCGUCCCGUAGCCUGGUGUCACGUCCGUCCCGUGGCCUGACGUGUCACGUCCGUCCCGUGGCCUGGUGUCACGUCCGUCCCGUGGCCUGGUGUCACGUCCGUCCCGUGGCCUGGUGUCACGUCCGUCCCGUGGCCUGACGUGUCACGUCCGUCCCGUAGCCUGGUGUCACGUCCGUCCCGUGGCCUGACGUGUCACGUCCGUCCCGUGGCCUGACGUGUCACGUCCGUCCCGUGGCCUGACGUGUCACGUCCGUCCCGUGGCCUGACGUGUCACGUCCGUCCCGUGGCCUGGUGUCACAUCCGUCCCGUGGCCUGACGUGUCACGUCCGUCCCGUAGCCUGGUGUCACGUCCGUCCCGUGGCCUGACGUGUCACGUCCGUCCCGUGGCCUGGUGUCACGUCCGUCCCGUGGCCUGGUGUCACGUCCGUCCCGUGGCCUGAGGUGUCACGUCCGUCCCGUAGCCUGGUGUCACGCCCGUCUCGUGACCUGAUGUCACGUCCGUGUCGUGACCUGAUGUCGCAUCCAUCCCGUGGCCUGGUGUUACGUCCGUCUCGUGGCCGGUGUUACAUCCGUCUCGUGACCAGGACGCCAGCGGCCGGUCUCCCUAUUCCGAGACUCGGCUCAUUUGAGGCGGCUGGCGUGUCCUCCCACCGCCAUGGCGAGGGAGGCAGCACUCUAAAAUCGGUGUCCAAGCAUGGGCACUGUCCGACUGCGUACGGGGCCGGACGGGGGACGGACAGUGUGGCGCGCUGUUGUCAUGCACUCUCUUCUGUUAGGCGCGAUGUGUACGGGUAGACGCGGUGAAGUAAUGACGAUGCCAGUGGACAGCCGGGUGGAUUGUUACUUAGUUCAAGCCAUGUGUCGGGUGGUGUGGAUCUAGUAGUAUGUAAUUUAUCGCAUGUCGAGCUCGUUCCGGUGCAUUGGUCUUCCUCUUUGUAAUACAUUUCGAUACAUUUA